AUGUGUGAUUUCAUCAGUGAGCGUGCCGCUCAGCUCCUGGAAACUCCAAGACAUAAGUCGACCCACACUAUUGUCGGCAUCUCUUCCACAACCUCCCAAACUAAAGGGAUUACUCGGCUAAAUUUAGCUACUCUCAGUGACAACAAUGUUGCAUCUCAGCACCCAUUCCAUAUUUUGGACAAGAUCGCUAUUGAUAUUCCCCGCUCUCGCCUUGCACCGGAAGUGUUUAAAAUGGUAAAACCUUACGUGCUAGCUGAUCCCACUUUUCAUUUACCAAGUGGUAUUGACGUUCUUUUAGGCGUCUCUCUGUUUCCUCUCAUUCUUACUCACCAAACACAUUCAAUUGGUGAAAACAUGCCAUACCUUAUUGGCACUAAGUUUGGAUUCGUUGUGAUGGGAUCCGCCCCUGUUGCAGAUGUAAGUUCCUCCGCUCCAUGCACAUAUUCUUCUUUUAUCUCUACCAGUGAUAAUGAUCUUCAUUCCUCUAUCCAAAAAUUUUGGACCCAAGAAGAGAUCCCACAGUGCAGUAGUAAGACUUUAGAGGAGCAACAGUGUGACAAACAUUUCUCUGAAACCCACACACGCAACCAGAAUGGCCAGUAUGUGGUUAGAUUGCCAUUCAAGGCUAAUCAUCCUCCCUUGGGAACCUCUUACCUCCCUGCGCAACGACGCUUGUAUUCUUUAGAGCGUAAGUUUGCCGCUCAAAGCUCAUUCCGUGACAUGUACGUUGCGUUUAUGGAUGAAUAUCUCUCUCUCGGUCACAUGACCAAUCUUGAGACUGUUGAUUUAACCUCCCCUCACUAUUAUCUUCCCCACCACGGGGUUUUGAAAGAAAAUAGUAGCUCUACGAACUUCGUACUGUGUUCGAUGCUAGUAGCAAGACCAGUUCUGGACUGUCGCUAA